AACAUCUUCCCGUGCCUACGUACUCAGCCACAGUAAAAACAUGCAAUUAUGGUUUUACUUCUUAAAAUAAAAUCCAUACAUGGGACAAUGCUGACGUAAUGGCUGAGUCAUCCAUGCUCCGCCCGCAAGUCGUGUAUGCUUGCCCAUCAGUCGUUGUGACGGCACAGGCCAUGUUUCCAGGUGCUGUUGCAAUGAAGAUGGACUUUGGCACUAGGUGUAAUGGCUUAUUUGCCUUCUGAAGCUAGCUAGCUGUGUCUUGGAGGGUUGUUUUCACCUUUCUAAUCUCCGUGGAGCGAGAACUGGGCUAACCUCACACAGACCAUCAAAAAUGCACCCUGACUCGGUAUUGAGAAUUUGAACUGCAUCGCUGGGAUAAAUCAUUUAUGCGGUCAUGGCUGGGCUGAUCAAGAAACAGAUCCUCAAACACCUCUCCAGGUUUGCUAAGAACCUGUCCCCAGACAAGAUCAACCUGAGCACGUUGAAGGGCGAGGGCCAGCUCACCAACCUGGAGCUGGAUGAGGAGGUACUGCAGAGCAUGUUGGACCUGCCCACCUGGCUGGCCAUCAACAAAGUGGGCUGCAACAAGGCCGCCAUCCGGAUCCCAUGGACCAAGCUGAAGACCCACCCCAUCUCCCUGACCCUGGACAAGGUGGUAAUGGAGAUGAGCACCUGUGACGAGCCCCGCCCUCCCAACGGCCCGUCUCCCAUAGCAACGGCCUCAGGGCAAAGUGAGUAUGGCUUUGCUGAGAAGGUGGUGGAGGGCAUCUCUCUGUCCAUCAACUCCAUCGUGGUGAAGAUCAGUGCCAAGGCGUUCAACGCCUCCUUUGAGUUGAGCCAGCUGCAGGUCUACUCUGUCAACACCAGCUGGAGCCUAUCAGACCUCCGCUUCACACGCAUACAGGACCCUCACAGAGGAGAGAUCCUGACGUUUAAGGAGAUCAGCUGGCAGAUGAUCCGCAUAGAGGCGGAUGCCAUCCAGAGUGCCCAAAACGAGAUGCUGAGUGCUCCCAUCCGCCUCAUCACCAACCAGUCCAGGAUCAGAGUCACCCUGAAGAGACGGUCCAAGGACUGUAACGUGGUGGCCUCUAAGCUGAUCCUGAUCCUAGAUGACCUGCUGUGGGUACUGACUGACUCCCAGCUCAAAGCCAUGGUCCAGUACGCUAAGUCACUCAGCGAGGCCAUGGACAAGUCUGCCCAGCAGAGGAAGAGCAUGGUCACCGAGGACCAGGAGUCGUCGGCGCCCCCCUCAGCCCAGCAGGUGCGUAGCCAGCAGGUGUCAUCAGGCACAGCAGCUGAACAGAGUGCAACCAUGGCCAGUCUGUUCGCUGCCUUCGACGUGUGUGAGACCUCCCACCACCUGCAGAUCACACAUCUCGACCUGCACAUCUGUGACGACAUACACGCCAAGGACAGAGUGAUCAAUAAGAGGAUAACUGGUGGAGCCAUGCAGCUCUCCUUCAGUCACAUUACCCUGGACUACUACCCCUCCCACAGAGCAGGUGAGAGUUGUCUCCACUGGAUGCAGUACAGUGAGGCCACUAAGGCCAGGGAGGGCUGGGCCAGGAGUCUACUGGAGGAGUUCAAGUCUAACGUGGAGAUGUUGAAGACCGCCAAGAGAGACCGGGAGGGCCCGGCCAACACACACACCUCACCACAGCACGGUAAGAUCAGUACUAGUUCUACCAGUAUCCUCAGUGCUCCGCAGACCCCCAGGACCCAGCUCCUGUCCAGCUCCAUUGUCCUCAGGAUGGCUGACUUCAGCAUCUACCAGGUGUCCACAGCAGACCAGCGUCGCUCCAGCCCUAAGGCCAUGAUCUCCUGUAAUAAGAAGUCCCUGUACCUUCCCUCCGAGAUGCCUGCCAUCCACGUCGAGUUCACCGAAUACUACUUCCCUGACGGAAAGGACUACCCCAUCCCUUGCCCCAACCUGUAUGUGCAGCUGAAUGCGCUGCAGCUGGUGCUGGACCCCAGGAGCCUGGUGUGGUGCAACCUGUUUGCCCUGGACCUGAGGCAGAGCCUGGAACAGUUCAUGGAGCUCUACAAGCUCAAUGAGGAGGAGCAGAAACCUGACGAGCACAUCGACAUCAGGGUGGACGGACUCAUGCUCAAGUUGGUAGUGCCCACGGACAGGGACCCCUCCUACCCCCAGGACCUCCCCCGCUCUGUCUCCGUCCAAUGCUCGGAGAUGGUGGCCACCAACACCCGCCACCCCCCCAACUGCACCCGCUCCCACCUGGAAGCCCUCCUCCUCUCCUUCCAGGAACAACAGUUCUUCUCCACCUCCUUUUCCUCCUUCCCUCGCUCCUCCACCUCCUUCCCGGUGGUCCACCCCAUUUUCCAGCGCCACGCGCAUGAGCAGGACACUAUGUUGCACAAUGUGUAUAAAGGGUUGGUGUCGCCCUCGUUGGGCGUGGAUGCCCUCAAAAUGCCAGCCGCCACAGACUUGUGGGCGGUUCACUUUGCCCAGUUCUGGGUGGACUACGAGGGGACGCGAGGCGGGAAGGGGCGGCCCCAGCCCUUCGUCGACGCCUUCCCCCUCACCCUGUGGGCGUGCCAGCCGGCCAGACAUGCCCAGCACCAGGAGCGGCUAAGGGGCGGGGCUUUGAGAGGGCAGAGAACGCCCCUUUCUGCAGCUGCAGGCCUGGCCAGGAUCGAGUCUGUGGAUACCGUGGGACGUCUGCAGAGGAAGAGGCUUUUGAAGGAGUACUAUAGUACUGUUACGGACGCCACGGCAACCGAGGCCACGCUGCCGCCUAGCAACGGGCUUCAGAAGCCGCUGUCCCUGGACAACAUCCCCCCCCCUUCAUCCUCUUCCAGUAAGGAGGCAGACAUGCACAUGUUAGUGCACGUACAGAAGCAUUUGAGCGCUCAGGUGAGCCACAGGCAGUACAUGUUCCUGAUGCGGCUGCAGCGCAGUAUCAAAGCCUUGCAGCACACCCUGCAACAGGACCUGGAGGAGAUGGGCUCCAAACGAGACACGGCCAAGACCACAUUGGACCCCCCUCCAGACCACCAGCCCUUCAGUGCCUGUGUGGGGAUCCUGCUCAAAAGUGCGGAGGUAGCUCUCCUCUUGAAGCCGGUCCCCCAGCCCGAUGGUCCUGGUUCCCCCAUAGGGUCGGAGUUGUCCCCCUCGGAGAGUAGAUGCACCCUGGAGACUGGGAGCGAUGGAGGGGAGGGGGGAGAUAGAGGAACCCACGUGGAGGGGGCUGGGGCGAAGGGAGGCUGUACGGUGGACCAGCUUAUUUGUGGGGGAGGGGUAGAGGGUGGGAUAACGCAAGGCCCCGCCCCUCUCAUCCCCUCCUCCGCCCCCAACCGGAAGGCGUCGCUUGACGAGAGGACUGGGAGAUCCAGUUCGGAGGAGUUGGGUGUGGUUUCCCUGGAGGCCCGGACUGGGGGAGAGGAGCCGGGGACCAGAGUUGAUUGUAAAGCCCAGCAGGGUGAGUCCUCCGGGGCAGACCCCACUCUCUCAGACCCCCUCUCCACCAAAGACUGGAACGAGAAGAACCCUGGGGCCAGAAUGCCUGAGUCUAUGUCCAGUGGGCGUCUGAUUAGGGAGCGUUCCCAGUCCAGUUUCUCAGUGUCCUAUAAGAACAUGAAGAAGACUCCGUCUCUGCAGUCCUUGGACAACCUCUCCAUAGACAGCUACCUGAUGGAGGACGGAGACACGGACGCAUACAGCCUGCUGGAGAGAGACGACAUGUCCAUCUCAGGCUUUAAGGAUGCGGUGAGUGAGCAGAGUGUCACAGAAAUUGCCAAGGAGGCAGCAUCGGCCAUUGGCACAGGGGAGCAGGACGGUGCUGGCUCACCUGAUACUGUCAGCGCCACCUCCCAGAGCAUCGACGAACCCACCAAAGACAUGGUGUCGGUGCUGGUGCUGAAGGUGCAGUGUGUGUGUGUGGGGACGGAGGUGCGAGGGGAGAGCACGGCUGUCGCUCUGGAGGUGGGUCGUGUCAGACCCACACAGCUGGGAAACGUCAGCCUCCGGCAAUACCUCAGCAACCGCAGCCUGGGUAUGGUACCCACUGCUCAGGGCAGCACUAUUGUACCCCCUGCCCCAGGCAGCAAAGGUGGUGGUCUGGAGGUCAAUUCAGACGGGACCACCCAUUACCCGGAGGUCAGGGCUCGGCUGGAGAGCGGGCCCUGCGCCGCCGCCCACUCCCCCCUGGCCGAGACCAACGGUUUCCUCCAGCUGCGUCUCCAUGGCUACCAGGCCAGCUUCCUCAUGUCGUCUCUAAGGAACCUGGCUCACUUCCUGGAGGAUGACUCCGCCCCCCAGGUCCUCCCCAUGGAGAUCAGCGUCAGGGACACACACAUCGACCUGAAGGAUGAUGGUCCCCGUGACAACCCGUCUGACCCUGAUCCCACCCCCAUCACCCUGCACAUCUCCAACCUGCUCAUCCACAGGACCGACGAUGGAGCCUUCUCUAUAGGGGUGGAAAAUGCGCCUAAGAAAGAAGUCCAAUUGAUUGACAGCGGUCUGUCUCCAGUCCCUGAGAGUGUGGGUGUGGUCAGCAGCACUCCCAAGGCCACACAGACCCACAGCCCUGCUAGUUCUAGCACAACCCCCUCCAACAAAGAACUGCUGUUGAUAGAGGAGAACGAGUGUUUGAAAAUGGAGCUGUCCAAAGCCAAGAUGGCUCUAGCUGAGGCCCAAAUGGAGAAGGACUCCCUGUUGCACCGCAUAAAGAGUCUCAAAGUGAACAGCAGCUAGGGUAGGCCAACAGAGGCCCAGUGAUCACCAGCCUGCAGUGCUGCAUAUCACCACAGGGGGGAAGCAGAGAGGGGAGAGGGGGUGCUGGAUACUGGGGCUACUUGAUAUAGCAUCAUGCAAGUAUUAUUCAAGCGUCAGCAGGGUCAUUCAAGCCUGUUCUGAUGAAGGGCUGGUCGCCUAAGAACUAGACCUCUCACACACACACACACACACACACACACACACACACACAGUCCCUGAAAACCCGAGAGGGGGGCUACUUUUUCACUUCAGCCCGCCUACCACCCCCAUCCUACCGCCAGUAGAGGAACUGGAAAGUGGACCCCCUCUUCGAAACAGUGCUGCCGUGUCAUCCCUGGGCUGGGACUAAGACUGCAGUACACAUGCUUGUUUUACAUGAUUGUCGUGCUUGUUUUUAGUUUGUCUCUCUUUAAGCAGUAAGUUAAAGUGUUCAGUCUCUCUCCAGUAAUCCGACUCUGCAAGCCAGAGCUGCCUCCUAAAUAUUGGAGCGUAUGGAGGGAAGGGGACAAAUCUAAAUGAAACAGCCCUCAAGUGGAAUGGAGAUGCCUAGGGAGAUGGGUUGGGAGUCCUGAAUGUUAGGCUUGGGGGAAAAGUUGCCCUCCCCGAAUCGUUACCUUAAAUAGGAUAAACAAUGCAAAAAGGGGGAACUUUAUCAUGCUUCAAAUUUUGGAGGAGCGUAUUCUACAUGUAUUAUGACCUUAUUGCAUCUUUAUGGGACGGGCUUACCUGGUUGGGUGGGGUGAGACACUGAAUGUCAUAUCUUUGGAGGAAUGUCUUAAAAAUAGACUUAUUUUGCACUGCGCUGAAACAUAGAACAUGUAAUUUGGUGCUUAUGAAAAAAAUGUAUCUAGCACUUAACCAAUUGUACUUGGAGUGUGUGUGUAUGGUAAUGUACUUAUGAUGGGCAAAGCGUACACACAAAUGUUUUCUACAGAAUUCUGAAUGGUUGCGCGUGUGUGUGUGUGUGUUCAUGUAUUUGUCAUGUUACUAAAACAAGCAUUUCAUUGAAUUGAAAGUGAAAAUAUACAAUUCAAUAUUUUCACAUUUACUUUUCUUACAUUCCAUUCCAUCUAGUUGACGUCUUCAAUGCCCAUAAUGUCCCAUUGCACUGGCUUUUUUCCCUAUUUUUCUACAUGUAAAUAGCUAGUUGCGUGUCCAGCACUUUUGAAAUAUAUUCACUGUAAAUAUGACCCCUGUACGAAAGCAUCCUCCAAUCCGGUUGAGAACACUAUUCUGUCUUUUCUCGAUCAUCCAAUGAGUGGAAAGAACACUAAUAUGGACAGCAAGUUACCGUCUCUAUAAAGCCUGGGGUGUAUUCAUUAUUUGGAUUCCGUUACAAAAUGUUUUGCAACUAAAAACGUUUACUCCAAACCGAAAAACCAAAAAAGUUUAUAUUGGACAAAUUCAGGUAGGUCCCUCCCUACAGGUAGGUCCCUCCCCAUUGGUUCCGUUUGGUUCAGUUUGGUUCAGUUUGCGCUGUUUGGUUCCUAGAAUAAACGGUUUCCGUAUUUUUUUUGCAAUAGUCUGCAACUAAUGAAAACAGCUCUGCGCUCUCACCUCUGCCGAGUCCCCAACAAUCGGAUGAUCCGGUUUUCAGGGGAAAUGGAAAGAGAGCCUGUGACGCGACUUCCGCUUUUGGAUGUUAACAAGGUGACGCUCCAUCUUAACUCCUCCUCCACAUGUACUGGAUUGGUUGAACAGUGCAGAAGAGAACCUCCAGACAGGUUUUUUUUUUUUUGUCAAGAUUUGUAUGUAGAGGAUCUAGUUUCAGGCGUUUAUUUUACGCCUGCUAUGUUAGCUUACUCUCUCCUCCAAAUGCAGGAGGGAAAACACUGGCUCAUGUGCUUUUCUGUGCGUUCAUUCUAUAUUUGCAUAAUCCUAUAUGUGUACUUCACCAACGUGAAGUCGUGCCCAUAUCUGCUGCAGCUUCGUGCCUGUCUGCUGGGGAACCCUUGGGGGAGUGUUCUAGAAUAGAGUAGAAUAGAAAUGAGCUAUAUUUCCCCUUUGGAACAUGCUUUUGGCUCAACACACAGAAUACAGUCAGCGGGCAGUACUGUCUGUAGCAUCACGUCUUACACAGGGACGUUUCCAGUGUUAUCAUGAGAUUUGCUGACAUUACAAUGGCUUGCCUCACCCUUUAAAGGUGCAGUCUGCAGGUUCUCUGUCCCGUAUGGCAAGGAGAUCAAGUAAAAACACAAUUGCCCUGAAACAAAACUGAAAAAGGGCAAAAAAGUAGUUAUAUUUACACCAAUGAUGGCAACUGUUUUUCUUUCUUUGGUUUUCACUGGCAGGCUCACUCGAAAUGACCCCACCCUAGUCCUUCAAAAAGAGCACAGUUCGGGAAUACAUUAUUUUUCUACUUUAACUAUCCAAAUUGUAGACCUAGUCCAGCCUAGGCCUAGUUCAGUCCAGUCCAGCUGAAUGUCUUUCCAAGCUGCGCUGUCCCCUCUCCCCAGAUCUCUCUACCUUGAUACGAUGCAGGUUCACUUACCUGCUCAACACUGACAACAAGACUUGAAAUGGCAGUUAGGAUUUGAACACUUGAUUGUAAUUUAAAGGCUAUCCCCCCCUCUCAGUUUCUCAUCCACUUCCUGGUCCGAACAGACCUGCCCCCUCUUUACAAUAGCUCCUCCCUUGACCUGCUCGGCCGCUCUCCUCUCCUGGGAGCUCCGCCUCCUGAGAACCUGUGUACAAAAAGAAAAAGACUUAAGAUGUAAUAUUUGUCUGUCAAAGCUGCUGAGCUACUGAUGAAAAUAAAAAGGUAUUCAAUCAAAGA